GUUGAAUCCAAAAAUGCUAUAGAAUUUGUGGAAACUUGGCACUCAGACAAAUCAGUCAUCAACAGACACAAAAAGAUAAACCACAAUUAUAUACCAUCACAAGAGACAAUAAAAAGUUAAAAGAAGGAAAAAGUCAAAAACAGAUCCUCUCCAACAGUCAACACACCCAGGUAAGCAGGGAUUAACAGCAGAGAAUGAAGCAGAAAACAAUACCCUAAUCAAGGAACCACCAAGGAGAAAACCCCACCCCCACCAGCAAGGCAAGCUACCUUAAGGGAGCAAAACUCACAUUCAGUAGCACUGGUGAUAUUACCUAGUUAGGUAAUAAAAGGUCUGCAAGCAAACAACCACCUCCAAAAGCAGCAAGGAUUCCAUACUUCAUCCCUGAGCUACAUAUAUUCUCUUCUAUUGGCAGACGGUAGUCAACAGAUAAAGCAAGUAAUUUUCUCCACACCCUAUUGUGAAAAACUGAACAAAAAGCCACUUUCUGGUUGACAAAGACAGGAUGAAAGAGUGCUUGCCAACCUGAGCUAUUUUAAGAUGCAUAGGGUUCAACUCUGGAAUUUUCCAGCCAUGGCUAUGGCUAAGAAUUCUCUUAAGUUGAAGAUGACAAAUGUAAAGUUGCUCAGGUUGGGAAAACUGGCAUAAAGGAAGGCCUCUUGGAAAAGCUUGACUAUUCCUUAGCCAGAUGUACAAGUCACAGGCUGCCUCUCAAAUAAAGGUUCAGCCAUGUUUUGAUGAGGUUGACUAUCCUCCUUCAGGAUAAGAUUGAAUGAUGAAAGAAGGUCGCUGUCUAUAUGGGAAUCUAUAAUAAAAUCUCCAUAAUGGGCAACGUCUUUAUCGUAUUAAUAUAUAAUCAGUUGCCUCUCUGCUGGUUCGAAGUAACUUCUCUCUAUAUAUCCCCUGGAGUCAAGCCUUUUAGUAUUUAGAGCCCAAAUAUCACAUCCAGGUGGAAUAAACUCCAGCCUUAAUGGCUAAUGCUUCAGUUUUUGAAGCAUUGCAGAAUAAAUUGAGUUGUCUAAUAUGAAAAAGUGGCAUGUUCAAACAAUCACUGAAUACCAUUCUAAAGUGGGAAUUGCCUGAUGCUAUUUCUGAGUUUGUGCACUGGACUAUCAGUUUGGAUAGUUGGUGUGCUUGAGGGGCAAUCACAGAAAAGAGAAGAUUGACGAAUUCUCCAAAGCACCUGAGGGCAGGACAAGAAGCAAUGGGUGGAAGCUCAUUAAGGAGAAAUUUCCUAACAGUGAGUAUAAUUAAUGAAUGGAACAGCUUAUAUUCAAGAAUUGGGAUAAUCCAUCGCUGAGAUCUUCAAGAAAAAUUGGACAGUUAUUUGUCUGGGAUGCAGUAAGGUCUCCUGCCUUGAGCAGGGGAUUGGACUAGAGCAGUGCCCCCCCCCCAAUCUUUUGGGCAUAGGGACCAGUUCCGGAUAGGGGUUUUUCCACGGACCAGAGAGGGCGUGGUUUCAUUUGUUGCCUGCAUCCUGCAAAUGGGGCUUUGCUUGUUUGUGUGGCCUGGUUUCUGGCAUGUCGCAUCCUGGUGCUUGUCCACAGACUGGGGGUUGGGGACCCCUGGACUAGAAGACCUCCCAGGUCCCUUUCAGCUCUAUGAUUCUAUGUUUUCUAUGAUCCCAGUUAAAAUGGCUGUUAGAAAUCUUUUUGUGAAACGGGAAGAUUAGGACAACAUCUAGGGGCCCAAUUUUUAAGUCAAUGAUCAGUGCUAAGGAGUCACAGGAAUGGAAAGAGAUCAGGUACAGAAAUUGGAGGAAAUAAGAACUCUGACCCUUCCAACAGCUUGUCGACUUUUCUGAUUGCAUGUUGCAGUGAGAAAAAAAAUGCACAGAGGUUAUCCAAUUCCAACAGUUCUAAAUCAAACUGGUUCAGGAAAAAGAUAAAAUUGGGCUCAAUCUAUUUAGUGUGUUGUUGUUGUUGUUAAUUGCGAAGUCGUGUCCGACCCAUCGCGACCCCAUGGACAACGUUCCUCCAUGUCUUCCUGUCCUCUACCAUCUUCUGGAGUCCAUUUAGUGUGCCAGUCUAUUUAGUGUGCCAGUCUGCUAUUUCCAACAUAGUAACUGUGCAGAAGGUAAAAUGAUAAAUGUCAUAAUUAGAGUUAGCCACAUUGUUGAUUUGGAGGCUAACACUGAGCUGGCUAAUUGACUUAAGUGUGAGCUUGAUGGCCUGCAUAUUUAUUAACUCUAUAGCUGGCUUGAAACUUUUACUUAAAACAAGUUGAUCAACAGGUCCUCAUCAGACUGGAGGCAACUAUGAAAGGUUAAGCUCCUGUGACCACUACUUGGCAGGAAAUCAGAGGGCUCCUAAUUUUACAUGGUUAAACCAGUGUCCAUUUUUUAAAAUUUAUUUAGUAUACAUGAAGAGGGGAAAAAAUACAAAUACAAAAAUACAACCUGAUGCAAGGUUGAGAACUGAUAGUUUUCUAAGUCUUGCCAAUUAAAUUGCUUUAUGUGCAUUGUUGUUGAAAUUAUUAUGUCAGUAUCGUUAUGGCAAGCAAAAAGGGAAUAGAUUUCUAUGAUUAUUCAAUUCCUCAUAAUUUAAAAAAUAUUAUAAAUGAAAGACUUAAAUAGACAUCAAAUUAAAUGUUUUGGAAAUUCAUAUACUGCUUGGCUUUUCAUUUAUCUGAAUUAUUUAAGAACUCCAUACCCUGGGCAAGAAACAGAAAGUAACAUGGACAGUAUUUCAUAUUUAUCUCUUAUCUUUUAUGUACCUUGUUGAUACUGAUGUUUUAUUAUUCUUCAUUUUGCUCAUAACUAGUUCAUAUGGUUGAAGCCAAUUCAAUGCUCCCUCAAUAGCACCAUGGUACAUCUGGGAACAAUGGAUGAGAUCACAAAAGUUACAGAUAGUUACAUGUCUCAUUCCUAUCCAUACAAAUAAAAGUACUAAACAAAUAUAUGGGGUGACUUAAUAUAAUAUUUAAUUACAUUUUGUUAAUGACUGCAGGGGAUUAAUCUCUUAUAUUUGGGUUAGCUUUUCAUUUAUGUGGUGAGGAAUGUACUUGCACUGCAUGUAACCGUGCAUAAAGACUGGAUAUUCUUAGAAAUCUUUCGUGAAUACAGGCUGAAAUCUGUUUGAAAUUGAGACACACGAAGUCGCUGUUUCCUAAGCCCUCCUAUCACAGACGCUGAAUAUAGAAUGGAGGUCUGUUUCUCCAUUUUGAAACGUGGUCACAAGAGGUCGCUGUUUCCUAAGGAAAGCCUCUUAAGUGAAACUGAAAACGCAGAGCCCCUCCCUUAAAGGGACCGACAUUCCUGCCGGCCAGAUCCACAAGGGAAAUAUCGAACAACAGAAAUCUCAACAAGCCAAGAUCCAACCUAUGAAAGCAUUGCCAGUAUGGCUGGGCUACGUGGGCUGCACUCCUGACCCCUUGAAGGCAAGAUAUUUAAAGAAAAAAGAGAGGGGCUUGCGGGUGCUGUGCCUGUGUCUGCGAUGCUUACCUGGCCGACGGGGCUGCUGCAGCUGCUUCUGCUCCAGACCGCCUGGAAAAUGGGGAGCGGCCAGCUCCAUUAUUCUGUGCUGGAGGAAUCCCAGCACGGCACCUUUGUGGGCCGCAUCGCCCAGGAUCUGGGGUUGGAGGUGAGCGAGCUGGUGCCUCGGAUGUUCCGGAUGCUGUCCAAAGGAGAGAAGGACUAUUUUGAGGUAAACCUGCAGAAUGGGAUCUUGUUUGUAAAUUCCCGGAUAGACAGGGAGGAGCUGUGUGCCAAGACUGCAGACUGUGUCCUUCAUCUGGAGGUGAUUGUGGAGAAACCUUUGAGGUUCUUCCAUGUGGAGGUGGAAGUCAAUGAUAUGAAUGACAAUGCUCCCGUUUUCUCUGCCAGGGAACAGAUCCUGAGCAUGGCUGAAUUUACAACAGCAUCUGGUACCCGAUUCCUCUUAGAAGGAGCCUCUGAUGCAGAUAUUGGCACUAAUGCUCUGUUAAAUUACAAGCUCAGCCCAAACAACCAUUUUGCUCUUGAUUCAGGAAAUGAUAAAGAUGAGAGUAAAUCUGUACUACUUGUAUUAAAGGUUCCACUUGACAGGGAGGAGAGCCCUGUGCAUCAUUUAAUACUGACAGCCACUGAUGGGGGUGAACCAAAACUCACAGGAACUGUCCAGCUAGUCAUCAAUGUGCUGGAUGUUAAUGACAACCCUCCUGUAUUUAACCAAUCUGUUUAUAGGAUAAAGUUGCUAGAAAAUUCAGCUAGUGGGUCAUUAGUUGUUACUCUGGAUGCAACAGAUUUAGAUGAGGGGAUUAACAGGGAAAUCUUUUAUUCUUUUCAUGAUAGUGUCCCUCUACAUGUCACAAAAUUGUUCAGUAUAAAUUCUGAUACUGGGGAAAUCAGAGUAAUUGGAAAAUUGGAUUAUGAAGAAAGUAAGUUCUAUGAACUUCCAAUUGUUGCAGAAGAUAAAGGCAAUUCUCCAUUAUCAGGGCACUGUAAAGUUCUCAUUGAAGUGUUGGACAUGAAUGACAAUAUUCCAGAAAUAUCUGUGAAUUCUCUCUCUGUGCCACUGCCAGAGGACUCCCCUCCAGGGAUUGUGGUAGCCAUCCUCAGUGCUUCUGACAGGGAUUCUGGCACCAAUGGACAAAUCAACUGUUUCCUCUUGCCCCCUGGAGUACCCUUCACACUCGAGUCCACAUUCAAGAACUACUACUCCCUGACUGUUGGUGCAGUCCUAGAUCGAGAGCAGGUGGCUGAGUACAGGAUGGUUGUGACAGUGGAAGAUCAAGGCGUUCCACCCCUGUCUUCUAGCAUCAGCCUCUUAGUGCCUAUCAGUGACAUAAAUGAUAAUGCUCCAGCCUUCACACAGCCCUCCUACACAGUCUUUGUGAAGGAGAACAAUCCCCCUGGUUCUCACAUCUUCACAGUAUCUGCCUCAGACCCAGAUGUUGCUGAGAAUGCCCUGACCACCUAUUGGAUAGAAGAGAAGCUGUGGCCAUUGUCAAGCUACAUCUCUGUACAUUCGGAGAGUGGAAAGCUCUAUGCUCUGCAGUCCUUGGACUAUGAGGAGUUGAAACUGGUGGAGUUCCAAGUGAGAGCCAAGGAUGCUGGAAUGCCCUCCUUGUGUGGCAAUGCGACUGUUCAGGUCUUUGUGCUGGAUGAGAACGACAAUGUACCUGUUGUGUCAGAAUCAUCAGAAGAGAACCUGAUUCUUCUAGUGGUCCCCGUGAUGCCUGGGCAUAUUGUAGGCAAGAUCCAUGCCUUGGAUGCAGAUUCUGGAUACAAUGCGUGGCUCAGGUACGAACUGGUUGAAGAAAGCAGUGGUCCAUGGUCUGUGGGCCAGUAUAGCGGUGAGGUGAGUACCAAAUAUUCUCUGGAGGAGUCAGAAGGCAGCAAAAUCCAGAGUGUUCUGGUUCUGGUAAAGGACCAUGGGAAGCCUCAGCUGUCAGCCACAGCCACCCUGAGUGUGUCACUGGUGACGAGUGGUCAGACAAUCAAAACGGAUAUUAAUCUUCAAAGACCAGUGGAGACCUUCCUGCCUCUGGUCGACUCAAUCAACAUCUAUCUGAUCAUUGCCAUCUGCUCUGUUUCCAGCCUCUUCUUCUUGGCCAUUCUCAUCUACGUGGCCCUGCGAUGCCACUGCAAGGCAAAGGAAUCCAUGGUUUAUGGCCCUGGCAUGGCCACCCUGGUCUGUGCCAGUGAAGUGGGCAGCUGGUCCUAUUCCAAUCGCCACAGCCACAUCCUGGCAGGGGUGAGCACAGAGGCUGGUGCCAAGAGUGACCUUAUGAUUUUCAGUCCCAACAUUCCUGUCUUUUCAGAUAAUGGGGAACUAAUCAAUGGGGUUGAUGUGCCCCCAGAUUCUACUAAAAAGAUACCGCUGUUCAAAACUUCCAACACUUACAUAAAUAACAGGGGAGAUAGAGGACAUCCUUGUCUCGUAUUCUUUUGAAUUUCACAUGUUUUAGUUAAUUUCCAUUAAUGAUAAUGUUUGCUUGCUAUGAUGGGUAUAUUGUCUUAUCCCCUUGGAUAAAUUUCUCUCCAAAAUCCAUGUCUUCCAAAACCUUAAAUAUAAAAUCCCAAUUUAAGUUAUCAAAAGCUUUCUCUGCAUCCAGAAAUAUUAGAGCUGCUUGCUUCUCAUUAUGAAAUUGUAAAUAUUCAACAACAUUCAAAACAGUACUCACUCACUCAUUGUCUCUCAAUUGUCUUUCUGGCAAAAAGCCAGAUUAGCCUUCAUGACUGUAAGGCUGUAGAAAUUUCUUCAACCCUUCUGCUAGUAUUGCAGUAAAAAAAAUUAUAUAGUAAUUGUUUAAUAAUAAAAUCAGUAUAUAAUUUUUUAUCCUCAGAACAUCUUGACCCUCCUUAGGUAAUAACACAAUAUUAGCUUCUUUUCAAGUUUGAGGUAUCUCUAUAUCCUAUAGUACAGAAUUCAUUACAUCCUUUAAUGGCUUAGGAGUUACUUCUCAAAAUAUUUGUUAUAUUGGCUUGUGAGGCUGUCUGGAGCUGGAGCUUUACCUAUUUUCAUUUUUUAAUAGCUUCUGAUAUUUCAAAGGUAGUUACUGGAAUCACAUUGGUUCUUUUUGAUCUCUCACUACAUUUUGCUAGCAUCAACCAUAGCAUCUUUCGGGCCUGCCUGAAGAGAUAGGUGCCGGGAGGUACAGUAUUGCAAGAA